AUGACGUCGUCUGCACACAAACCAGUCGCCGCCGCCGCCGCCAAGCCGGACAGCCUCAUCCGCAAGGACGACGGCCUGGCCUACUGGCGCAACGCGACGCCCGACGUCGACGGCAUGCUCGGCGGCGUGCCAGCCAUCUUUGGUCCCAUUUCGCGCGUCGACCUACAAGGUUCGCGCACCUUUCUCGCGCGUCUCGGCAUCGGCAGUGGCAGCCGCAGCCGCAAAGUGUCAAACUGUCUCGAAGGCGGCGCCGGGAUUGGAAGAAUUACAAACGGCUUACUGGUCAAUGUCGCAGAACACGUCGACGUCGUGGAGCCCAUUGCCAAAUUCACAGAUGCGUUGCGCGGCAAAAAGGGUGUGCGGCGUGUUUUCAACAUGGGGCUGGAGGAUUGGCGGGGUGAUGAUGACGACCACGACGACCACGACGACGGGACGACGAGGUACGACUUGGUGUGGACGCAGUGGUGUCUAGGCCACCUGACGGACGAGCAGCUCGGGCGCUUUCUGGAGCGGUGCAGAGAGGCACUGGUGCCGGGGACGGGCGUGAUUGUGGUCAAGGAGAAUUUGAGCACGAGCGGCGUGGAUGUGUUUGAUCCGGUGGAUAGCUGCGUCACAAGACACGAAGAGACUUGGAAGAGCAUCUUUCAGCGAGCUGGGCUCAGGAUUGUCAAGGAGGAACCUCAACGCGGGCUGCCGGAGACGGGCAAGGCACGGCUGCUGCCGGUAAUGAUGUAUGCGCUACAACCAUGA